AUGGCCAGGGGAGAUCGAAUUAAUAGUCCGCAAUAUCAAAGCCGUUGGUUGGCUCGUGAAAAAGUUGUCGACUGGACAAGUUUACUCGUCCUCGUCGCUGAAAACCUCCUCACCACGCUUCCUCCUGGCCAUACGCUCCUUCUUCUUCUUACGGGCCUCUGCGCUGGUAAGCUUCUUAGCCUUCUUGGUGCUGACAAUCUUGUUGCCCAUGGCGUCGAACUUCUCCUCCUCCUCGCCCUCGUCGGCCUUGAGGCGGGGACCAGAGCCCUGGCCUUGCACCCAGUUGUGGCCGGAAGGUGUCAUCUUUCCGUCAACGACAGCCCAGACUUCCUCAGUCAGGUCCUUGGUGAACUCAGACGAGUGAGUGAUGAUGAUGACACCACCCUCGAACUUCUUGAGCGCCUUGGACAGGGCACCAAGAGAGUCACGGUCCAAGUAGUUGGUAGGCUCGUCGAGGACGAUCAGGUGAGGACGCUGCCACGAGCAGGCGGCAAGGACGACCUUGACACGCUGACCACCGGACAGACCACGCAUGCGCGAGUGGGAAACCAGCUCGGCAUCGAGACCGAAGUUGGCGCAGUGGCUCUCAAUCUCCUUACGGACCAGAGGACGGAACUGACCAGAGGCAAGAGCUUCCUUCAUGUCGACCUCGGCAACCAUCUUCUGGUGGGAAGCGAGCAGCUCCGAACGAGGGAGCCAGGCGUUAGCGAACGUGCACUCGUACUCGUACGAGUUCUUGAACUUUCUGCGGGCGUUGAUGCCGAUGACGCGGCGUUGGGUACCCUCGACCUUGAAGAUCUUGUCCAUGGCCUUCUCGUCCUCCUCAGUGAUGAUCUUGUUGGCACGGUCCAUGGUCUCACGGUCCUCACCAGUCUGGAAACGCCACUGAAUGUACUCGGAAGGAGUCUUGUCCAAGUGGUUGUCGAUGUGGGCGAAUGCGUGCUGCUUGAUGUAGGCGAUACGGAUGUUCUCGUGCUGGUAGAUCUCACCGGCAGUGGGGAUGAGCUCACCAGUCAGGACGUUGAUCAGAGUAGACUUGCCGGCACCGUUGGGACCAAUGACGGCAAUACGGGAGCCGAGAGAGCACUGGAAGGUGAUGUCACUGAUCUGGGGCUUGGAGGUACCAGGGUACUGGAAGUCCAUCUUGGUGGCACGGAGGAUGGCCUUGGCCUUGGUCUUGACACCCUCGAGGAAACCGGGCUCGGGGAAGGUGAACUCGAUCUCGGAAGCGCCAAGCUCGUAGUAAGACUUGGCCGAAGGGCACUUCUUGACGAACUCCUUCAGGUUACCACGGUAACGCUUAAGCUUGAAGCGCUCGUAGUGAAUGAUGUGCUGGCAGACGUUGUCGAGGAAGCCCGAGUCGUGCGAGACGAUGAUGGAGGUGCAAGGAGAGUUCUGGAGGUACUCCUCGAGCCACUUCACGUUCUUCACGUCCAAGUGGUUGGUGGGCUCGUCGAGCAGCAGAAUGUCGGGGGACUCGAACACGGCACGGCACAAAGCCAGCUUCAUCUUCCAACCACCAGACAGAGCGGUGAUCUCACCCGAAACCAUGGCGUCGGUGAAACCGAACUCGUUGAGGCGCUUGAUGACAUCGUCGCGGGUAACCGUGACCUUGGCCUCCUCCAACUUCUUCAUGGUCCAGUCAAUGGUGGUCAUCUCAGUGUCGGCAGAGUCCAGGUCGUGCUCGACGAAGACGGUCUUGACCUCGCUCUGCUUGGGGAAGCCCUCGACCUGCUCAUUGUUGAUGGCGCGCAUGAGAGUGGACUUUCCGGAACCGUUGGGACCGCAAAGACCGUAGCGCUGGCCACGCUUGAGACGAAGGUGGGUCUGGUUGAGAAGAAUCUUGGCACCGUAGGCGAGCGAGAAUGUGCAGUUGCACAGGUCCUCUCCCUCCUCGUCGUCAGCCUCCUCCUCCUCAGCAUCGGCAAGACCGGGGGAAGCCUUCUUGCGGAGGGCCUCGACAAUGCCCUCAGCCUUGGCAUCGCCAACAAUGACGCUGACGUAAGGCUUAAGGGCAGUGGCCCAGGCAGCGGCAUCAACCUCCUUCUCGUCGACGAGCUGGCCACCAAUGGCGGCAAUGUACUCGAUAACAGGAGCGAACUUCUCAGCCUUGGCAUCCUUCUCGCUGGAGAGAACGUCCCGGACGUGGGCGGCGACGGUGGCAACGUCACCGUCGUUGCGGCGUUCAGGGAUCUUGCCGUCAACGACGUUACCGACGCGGAUAAGAGUGUCAAGACCCUGCUUGGUCUUCUCACGAGCCUCGGGGUCGGCCAUGUUCUCGUAGUUCUUCUCCAGGUUGGGCAUGAGCCUGGGAAGGAAGGCGGCGACGAUGUUGGGGUCGUCGACGAGCUUGCACAUGUUGUCGACGAUGACGGCCGCCUUACGCUUGAUGGCAGUGUCACGCUCCUGAAGACCACGCUCCAGGAGAGGAACCAUCAAGGCCAGGGUGGGCUCAGUGACCUCCGUGACGAAGGUGGUGGCACCCAGCAAGUGGACGGUCUCGGGGACGUUCUCGGGCUUGGCGAUACACUUGAUGAGCUCAGGAAUGAAGCGCUCGAUAUCCCUGUUGACAAUCAAGCUGCAAAUGUUCUCCAUGAUCUUGUAGGCAUGCUCCUUAACCUCCUUCUUGGUGUCCCACAUGGCGUCGCCAACGACGGGGAUGAGGUCGGGAACACGAAGGGCAGUCUGGGCGGGGGCGGUCUUGACAAGAGUCUCGAUGAAGUCGAGAACAGCAAUCUUUUCAGGCCACUUCUGGGCGGUGAUCUUGUCGCCGGCAGCGGCGAACACGCUCGGCAGAAGGACAACCAGGAAAGGCUCGACGUGAGCCGAAACAUCAGAGUGUUGAGCGAUGGCCUGGAUGGCGCAAAGAGCCUUCUCGCGAACCGCGGCAUCCUUCUUGUUGCCGAGCUGCUUCUUGAGAGCCUCGAUGGUCCUGAAAAGAGCAAGAGGGUCAGCGCCAAGAUCCACUAA